AAUGGGCGAUUCGCUUUUUAUAAAAAGUGAAUAGAUUUUAUAAAAUCUAUUCGUAAACGAACCACUUGAAGUAACAGUAAGACUUCUUCAUCCUUCGCCCAACUCCAGUCAUGAAGAUUUUAAUCGUUGUCUUCAUUUUUUCGUCUGGGAUGGUCUUCGGUCAAGAUUUACCCACUUUAGUGCCGGCUGACCCGUUCGACCCAAAUGGAGACGCCGCUCGACUAUUUGACGCCAUUGACGGAUGGGGAACCGACGAGGACAAGAUCGUCAGUGUCCUUUGCUAUCGAGUUGCAUCCCAACGUGACGCAAUCACAACUGCUUACAACAGCCAACACGGCAGUUUAGUCAAUGACCUCGAGUCAGAUUUGAACGGAAGCUUUCAAACGCUGGCCGUCAUGCUCACUCACGGUAUGGCCAAGUUUUUAUCCAUCGAGCUGCACGAGACUAUGUCCCGUUCGGGAACGGACGAGACUUCCCUGACUGAAAUAGUUAUGAGUCGGUCUAAUGCAGAGUUGGCAGAAGUCAGAAACUUUUUUCUCGAUUAUUAUGGACAUACACUACUUUCCGAGAUAGAGAGCGAUACCUGCUGUGCCUACCAAAAGCUUAUUAUGCAAAUGGCAGAGGGAUCUAGGGACGAAAGUAAUCUAGAGAACGAGGCAUUAGUCCAAGAAGAUGUUAAAGCUUUGUACGAAGGGGGACCGGCGAUAGAAGGAACUGACGAGAAUCUUUACGUCGACGUCUUUUCCCUUCGCAGCUUUGUCCACCUGAACGAAGUCGCCAUUCUUUACGAGGCCACUUACGGAACUUCACUCACUUCCGUUGUGACGAUUGAGUUUGAGGGCAAAGAAAUGGGAAAUGCACUUGUGUCCAUUUUGCAAUAUAGUCGGGACAAGGCCAGAUACUUUUCAGCGCGAUUUCACGUAUCUGUUGCUGGAGCAGGGACAGCCGACCGCGAUUUGAUGCGGCUUACAGUCAGUCGCUGCGAAACCGAUCUCGAAAACAUUAAGAGUGCUUAUCAAACUGUCUACGGCGAAUCGCUGAGGAGCGUUGUCUCUAGCGAUACUUCUGGAUCCUACCAAUCAGCUCUACUAGCUUUGAUUGGUUAAAGCAUAUUAAAAAAAUAGAAGACCAAAUGAUUUAUUGUGUCACUCAACCAAACAACCGUCUGAUGCAAAAUUAGUUAUUUUUCAAUAAGCUACAGUAAAUUUUCAAUGGAAAAAAUUAGAAACGAAACAAUAUAAAUAAUAUCAGAAAUCGCGCAGAAACCGGAAAAUUAAAAGCUAGAAAAAAACUGCCCAGAAUUUAAAAAAAAAAACCGACAGCA